CUCCAAAAAAUUGGCGCUGUGGGACAAAAAACCAGUUGGCAGCGCUUGUUGGGCAUUCUGCUUCUUUAAAAUGGACAACUUAAAGCUGCAAGAGGAGAUAAAUGGCUUGAAGAAUUUAGGAGAACUGUUGGAAAGUCAGCUGAAACUCGCCAGCUUUGAGCUCAGCGAUCUACCGGAUGAUGUUCUGUUGAUGUUGGACAAGUGUGUGGAAAUCCAGGCACAAUCUCAUCUCCAUGAACUCAAUUUGAACUACUUGCGUGAAUUUUAUUAUACAAAAAAGCGUAAAUACAUUGAGGACAAGUUAAUUGUGGCUAAGCAAGCAGCGGAGUUGAAGAAGCUCAAGAAUUCGAUCGAGGAAGCGGAAAAGGAUAUAAACAUAUUGGAAAAAUUCAAUGAUAAGGUCAGCAAACGUCUGAUCUCGGAUGCCGCAGUGCAGCGCAACAUUAUUUCUAUUGAGGGCAAGUCCAAAUCCCUUCUGGACAGACAGAAGGACCUCAACGUGCCGGAGGACUUUAAUAUUGAGGCGAUGAUUGAUAAGGUCGAGACCCUGGAGCGGCUUAAGAAAAGCAACACAAAAUAAUUUUGUUGUAUAAAAAA